AUGAUGUAUUUGAGGGUUACUGGCUCAGCCACUGCUGCUAUUAAAGAAGAAGUAACAAACGCCCUCCUCCAUACAUUUAAACCACCUCUAUUCAAACAAUCAGAAGAAAAAGAACAAUUACCGUUAUUUCAUGUUCUUAUGGAGUCCAAUAAUGCCCCCCUCACCUCACCAGGAGAAACCCCAUAUGAUUAUCGCUUUAUAUGGACUGAAAAGAGUACCAUUGAUGAAGUUAUCACAGAUGUGUGGACUCUUAUAAAAGAUCAAACACAUCACUUUACCUCCACACGUGGAGAAAAUAAAAAUGAACCUCUUACAUUCCUUACAGUUGUACGUGAUGGUUUAGCUCCCGAUGGGGGUCUUUUCAAUAUGUGCCGUAUUCCACAAAUGCCUCUUUCCCAACUGGAGUAUAUCUGCACAACGUCAAUCCUUACAUACAUGGAAGUGGCGCAGUGUGUGUUGGAGCGUCUGGUGGACAGAAGUGUGGAGCCACAACAACUGCAAAGAGUCCUCACAGAGGCUUAUGAUUCUUCUCGCUGGAGUCAACUCAUAGAUGUAUGUCCCAUCACGAAAUUGAUUUCUAAUAAUAAUAAUAGUAAUAAUAAUAAUAAUAAUAAUAAUAAUAAUAAGAAUAAGAAUGCGGGGGACUCCUUUUGGAGUGAUAUGUGGAUUUUAGAACUCUAUCAUGGUCCAACUGCGGCAUUUAAAGACUUUGCUUUGCAGUUAUUUCCCCGUUAUUUCGAUCUCGCUGUGCAAGCGGAUCAUAACAGUGAUGAGAUGCCAUUAUAUAUUAUUCUCGCUGCUACUUCUGGGGAUACGGGUGUAGCGGCAAUUAGUGGAUUUGUAAAUGCCGGCAGUCCUACACGUGUGAUGGUGCUUUAUCCACUUCAUGGGGUUUCACCCGUUCAGCAAAUGCAAAUGCUUUCUUAUGAUAAUGGCACUUCUGUGCGUGUAUUUGGUGUGGAGGCUGAUUUUGAUUUUUGUCAACAUACAGUAAAGAAACUUUUCUCUGAUCGUAACUUAGCAGAAGAACUCUGGUCAAAGGCUCAUGUGCGUUUAUCAUCAGCGAAUAGUAUUAAUUGGGGUCGUUUAAUUCCACAAGUGGCGUAUUACUUCUGGGCCUAUCGUCGACUUGUACAAGAGCAACAAGUACGAUAUAAUGAUAAACUGGAUAUUGUGGUGCCUUGUGGAAACUUUGGUAAUAUUCUUGCCGCUCUAUUUGCAAAGUUAAUGGGACUUCCUCUUGGCACACUUGUAGUGGCUUCUAAUUGUAAUGAUGUAUUGCAUGAGUUUGUGCAAACUGGACAUUAUGAUAUUCGUCAUCGACAUUUAACAUUAACGGCAUCACCGUCUAUUGAUAUAUUAAAAGCUUCUAAUGUGGAACGACUUCUUUAUCUACUUUCAGAUGGAAAUACAAACUUUGUGCGGGAACAAAUGCAAAGAUUAGAGACGGAAAAACACUUUACAUUACAAGGAGAUGUAUUAAAACGUUUGCAAGAAACUUUUUGGUCAGCCCACUGUAGUGAGAAGGAGUGUGCAGCCACUAUUAAAGAAGUGUAUGAGGCUUCCGGUAGAUUGCUGGAUCCACACACCGCUGUGGCCGUCUUUGCCGCCAAACAAUAUCGUCAAUUUCAAAGAAAACACAAUAACAAUAAUAAUAAUAAUAAUAAUAAUAAUAAUAAUAAUAAUAAUAACACGAUAUCAUCAGAAGGUCCACCACUUGUUAUUGCAAGUACGGCGCAUUGGGCGAAAUUCCCUGGACCUGUUCUGCAUGCACUCCGCGGUGAAGAUAUGGCCGACUCCACGGCAAUGGAAGAAAAAGAAAAAGAAGGCGUCAAUCCAGCACGAGCCUGCAGGGCAUUGUAUGAUGCUAUUCUCACACGAUGCCCUAAUGUGACGAUUCAUCCCGCUUUGAAUAGUGCACUUGCAGCCGCAGAAACCAAAGGGAACUCCGCCCGCACGGUUGAGGCGAAUAUCUCAUCUAUUAAAGAGGAACUUCUCACAUUUGUUUCUACCUUUUGGGGUAAGAUGUGA